UGUCGCGCUGUCAGAGUGAGUGAGGCUUUAGGGGGACCAGACAUGCUGCUGUUUGGAGGUUGAGAGAAAUAAAGCGUGUGUUAAAUUCGUCGGGAAUAUCGCUUCAGAAUAGCUUGCCGACUUAUUUCUCACGUGUUCGGAGCCUGCCAGUGUCGUCCGGCCAUGGCGGAGCAGGAUGCCCCGGCGGAGAAGCCCUUGGCCGCUUCACACUUCAUCCUCGGUUCCGUAUCGGAGGACAACUCGGAGGAUGAGACGCUGGGCAAGUCGGAGCUGUCGGUGGAAGACAAGGAGCGCUCAGAGUCUCCGUCGUCCCUCAGCUCGGACAGCACUUUCGAAUGCCUGGAUGGGCCGCUGCACAACAUGAGGCCCAGUAUGUCUGGUCUGCACCUGGUAAAGCAGGGGCGUGACCGCAGACGUGUAGACCUGCACAGGGACUUUACUGUGGCCUCACCUGCCGAGUUCGUUACCCGCUUCGGAGGAAACAAAGUCAUCGAGAAGGUGCUAAUCGCUAAUAACGGGAUCGCUGCUGUAAAGUGCAUGCGCUCCAUCCGGCGCUGGGCGUACGAGAUGUUUCGGAACGAGCGCGCCAUCCGCUUCGUCGUCAUGGUCACCCCUGAGGACCUGAAGGCCAAUGCGGAGUACAUAAAAAUGGCUGAUCAUUAUGUACCCGUCCCUGGAGGAACCAACAAUAACAACUACGCCAACGCGGAGCUCAUUCUGGACAUCGCUAAGCGUAUUCCAGUUCAGGCGGUGUGGGCUGGUUGGGGUCACGCCUCCGAAAACCCAAAACUCCCAGAACUCCUCCAUAAACAUGGCAUCGCCUUCAUGGGGCCUCCCAGUCAGGCGAUGUGGGCUCUGGGAGACAAGAUUGCAUCGUCCAUUGUGGCUCAGACGGCCGGCAUUCCCACUCUACCAUGGAGUGGAACAGGAUUAACUGUAGAGUGGUCGGAAAAUGAUCCAAAGAAGAGAAUCAUCAGCGUACCCAAUGAGCUCUACGAGCAGGGCUGCAUCCAGGACGUGGAGGCCGGGCUUAAGGCUGCAGAGAAGGUGGGUUACCCGGUGAUGAUCAAGGCUUCCGAGGGCGGAGGAGGGAAAGGUAUCCGCAAGGUCAACAGUGGAGAUGACUUCCCCAAUCUCUUCCGACAGGUGCAAACGGAGGUGCCCGGGUCGCCCAUCUUCGUCAUGCGUCUCGCCAAGCAUGCGCGGCAUCUGGAAGUGCAGAUCUUGGCCGAUCAGUACGGCAACGCCAUCUCUUUGUUCGGGAGAGACUGCUCGGUUCAACGCAGGCACCAGAAGAUCAUAGAAGAGGCGCCGGCCACCAUCGCCACCUCUGACGUUUUCGAGAAUAUGGAGCGGUGUGCAGUGAAGCUGGCCAAGAUGGUGGGCUACGUCAGUGCAGGAACAGUCGAGUAUCUCUACAGUCAGGAUGGCAGUUUUUACUUCCUGGAGCUGAACCCGCGUCUGCAGGUGGAACACCCCUGCACCGAGAUGGUGGCUGAUGUGAACCUGCCCGCUGCACAGCUGCAGAUCACCAUGGGAAUCCCUCUGCACCGCAUCAAGGACAUCCGCAUGCUGUACGGCGUGCAGCCAUGGGGAGACUCCCCAAUCGACUUCGAAGCGCUCUCUACCGCCCCCUCCCCGCGAGGACAUGUCAUCGCAGCUCGCAUCACCAGCGAGAACCCUGAUGAGGGUUUUAAGCCGAGCUCGGGCACGGUGCAGGAGCUGAACUUCCGCAGCAACAAGAACGUUUGGGGUUACUUCAGCGUAGCGGCCGCCGGGGGGCUCCACGAGUUCGCCGACUCACAGUUUGGUCACUGCUUUUCCUGGGGGGAAAACCGUGAAGAGGCUAUCUCGAACUUGGUGGUGGCUCUGAAGGAGCUCUCGAUCAGAGGAGACUUCAGGACCACCGUGGAGUAUCUGAUUAAGCUGCUGGAGACCGAAAGCUUCCAGCACAACAGCAUCGACACGGGCUGGCUUGACCGACUCAUCUCUGAGAAAAUGCAGGCUGAGCGUCCGGACACCAUCCUGGGGAUAGUGAGUGGCGCGCUGCAUGUGGCGGAUGUAAACUUCAGAAACAGCGUGUCCAACUUCCUGCAUUCUCUCGAGAGGGGUCAGGUGUUGGCAGCCCAUACACUAGUGAACACGGUCGACGUGGAACUCAUCUACGAGGGCAUAAAGUACGUGCUGAAGGUGACUCGUCAGUCUCCGAACUCCUACGUGCUCAUCAUGAACAGCUCGUCAGUGGAAGUGGACGUGCACCGGCUCAGCGACGGCGGUCUGCUGCUGUCCUACGACGGGAGCAGCUACACCACCUACAUGAAGGAGGAAGUGGACCGGUACCGCAUCACCAUUGGUAACAAGACGUGCGUGUUUGAGAAGGAGAACGACCCGUCGCUGCUGCGCUCUCCGUCUGCUGGUAAACUCAUCCAGUACUCGGUGGAGGACGGAGGUCAUGUGUUCGCGGGCCAGUGCUACGCUGAAAUCGAGGUGAUGAAGAUGGUGAUGACGCUGACUGCAGCAGAGUCGGGAUGUAUUCACUACGUAAAGCGAGCAGGAGCCGUGCUGGAACCGGGGUGCGUUAUAGCCAAACUGCAGCUGGACGACCCCAGCAGGGUGCAGCAGGCGGAGCUGCAUACCGGAGUGCUACCCAUCGUCCAGGCCGUGGCUCUCAGGGGAGAAAAACUGCACCGAGUCUUUCAUAGCACUCUGGACCACCUGGUGCACAUCAUGAACGGCUACUGCCUACCCGAACCCUUCUUCAGUGGCAGACUGAAGGAGUGGGUGGAGCGGUUGAUGAAGACGCUGCGGGAUCCGUCGCUGCCCCUGCUGGAGCUGCAGGACAUCAUGACGAGCGUAUCGGGUCGAAUCCCCCCAGCUGUAGAGAAGGCCAUCAAAAAGGAGAUGGCGCAGUAUGCGAGUAACAUAACCUCUGUGCUCUGCCAGUUCCCCAGCCAACAGAUCGCCAGCAUCCUAGACAGCCACGCAGCAACCUUAAACAGGAAGUCGGAGCGCGAGGUCUUCUUUAUGAACACGCAGAGCAUUGUGCAGCUCGUCCAGAAAUAUCGCAGCGGUAUCCGCGGCCACAUGAGGGCGGUGGUGAUGGAUUUACUCAGGCAGUACCUGAAGGUGGAGGUGCAGUUUCAGCACGGUCACUAUGACAAGUGUGUGUUCACGCUGCGUGAGGAAAACAAAGGCGACAUGGCCAACGUGCUUAACUACAUCUUCUCUCAUGCACAAGUCACCAAGAAGAACUCUUUGGUUACCAUGCUGAUUGAUCAGUUGUGUGGGCGGGACCCCACGCUGACCGAUGAGCUCAUGGCCAUUCUUACCGAGCUCACCCAGCUCAGCAAGACCACCAACGCCAAAGUGGCUCUGCGUGCCCGCCAGGUGCUGAUCGCGUCUCACCUGCCUUCAUACGAACUGCGCCACAACCAGGUGGAGUCCAUCUUCCUCUCUGCCAUCGACAUGUACGGCCAUCAGUUCUGCAUUGAGAACCUGCAGAAACUCAUUCUGUCCGAGACGUCCAUCUUUGACGUUUUGCCCAACUUCUUCUACCACAGCAACCAGGUGGUCCGGAUGGCCGCUCUAGAGGUGUAUGUUCGAAGAGCGUACAUAGCGUACGAGCUCAACAGCGUCCAGCACAGACAGCUAAGGGACAAUACGUGCAUCGUGGAGUUUCAGUUCAUGCUGCCCACCUCGCAUCCAAACAGAGGAAACAUCCCCACUCUAAACAGGAAACUCUCCGUACCACUUCUGGACUACAAACCUAAAGCUAUAGCAGCUACAUGUAUAGCCGAUGAUGAUAAAACUGCCACGACUAGCCUUGACACAUCUACGGCUAGCCAGUCUUCAUCUAAUGACCUUGUGUACAGAAUGUCCUUCUCAUCAAACUUGAAUCACUAUGGCAUGGUACACGUGGCCAGCGUAAGCGACGUUCUUCUGGACACCUCCUUUACCCCGCCAUGUCAGCGCAUGGGAGCCAUGGUGUCUUUCCGCUCCUUCCAGGAAUUCACCAGGAACAUUAACGAUGUCCUGAGCUGUUUCUCAGACUCUCCACCCACUAGCCCUUCCUUCCCCGAUGGGGGAAACCCUGUCCUGUAUGUAGAGGAAGACAACAAGAGCACCCUGGAUGAACCCAUCCACAUCCUGAACGUUGCUAUUAAGACCGACAGUGACAUCGACGAUGACGGUUUGGCCGCCAUGUUCCGGGAGUUCACGCAGUCCAAGAAAUCGGUGCUGUUUGAGCAUGGCAUCCGGCGGCUCACCUUCCUCGUGGCUCAAAAGGAUUUCAGGAAACAGAUCAACUGUGAGGUGGACCAGAGGUUCCAUAGGGAGUUCCCAAAAUUCUUCACCUUCCGGUCAAGAGACAAGUUUGAGGAGGACCGGAUCUACAGGCACUUGGAGCCGGCGCUGGCCUUCCAGCUGGAACUGAACCGCAUGCGGAACUUUGCGCUCACCGCCAUCCCGUGUGCCAACCACAAGAUGCACCUCUAUCUGGGCGCCGCUCGCGUGGAGGUGGGCACAGAGGUCACCGACUACCGCUUCUUCGUGCGCGCCAUCAUCCGCCACUCGGACCUCGUCACUAAGGAAGCCUCUUUUGAGUACCUGCACAACGAGGCUGAGAGACUGCUCUUGGAAGCCAUGGACGAGCUCGAGGUGGCCUUUAACAACACCACAGUUCGUACAGACUGCAACCACAUCUUCCUCAAUUUCGUCCCCACUGUCAUCAUGGAUCCCUCGAAGAUCGAGGAGUCUGUACGCUCCAUGGUGAUGCGUUAUGGCAGUCGGCUAUGGAAGCUGCGCGUGCUCCAGGCCGAGCUAAAGAUUAACAUCCGGCUCACGCCCACGGGCAAGCAGAUCCCCAUCCGCCUCUUCCUGACCAACGAGAGCGGCUACUACCUGGACAUCAGUCUGUACAAGGAGGUCACGGACUCUCGCACGGGACAGGUGGGGCCCAGUGACCGUCAGAUCAUGUUCCAGGCGUACGGAGACAAGCAGGGGCCUCUUCAUGGCAUGCUCAUCAACACACCAUAUGUCACGAAAGACCUGCUGCAGUCCAAACGUUUUCAGGCCCAGAGCCUCGGCACCACCUACGUCUACGACUUGCCCGAGAUGUUCAGACAGGCACUGAAAAAGUUGUGGCAGUCCAUGGAUGCGUACGCUCACCUGCCCAAGUGCCCACUACCCUCCGAGCUUCUCACCUUCACUGAGCUGGUGCUGGACACUCAGGGUCAGCUGGUGCAGAUGAAUCGCCUCCCCGGGGGCAACGAGAUCGGCAUGGUGGCAUGGCGGAUGACCCUCCGGACGCCCGAGUACCCUGCCGGCCGCGACAUCAUUGUGAUCAGCAACGACAUCACGCACAAGAUCGGCUCGUUCGGGCCGCAGGAAGACGUCCUCUUCCAGCAGGCGUCGGAGAUGGCGCGUGAGAGCGGCAUUCCGCGCAUCUACAUCGCUGCCAACAGCGGCGCCCGAAUAGGACUGGCAGAGGAGAUCAGACACAUGUUCCACGUGGCCUGGCAGGACCCGGCCGACCCGUACAAGGGAUUCAAGUACCUGUACCUCACACCUCAGGACUAUAAGAAGGUCUCGGCGCUGAACUCCGUGCACUGCGAGCAUGUGGAAGACGAAGGGGAAUCGAGGUAUAAGAUCACAGACAUCAUCGGAAAGGAGGAGGGUUUAGGUGUUGAGAACCUGAGAGGCUCAGGGAUGAUCGCUGGAGAAUCUUCACUUGCGUAUGAAGAGAUCAUCACCAUGAAUCUGGUGACGUGUAGGGCCAUCGGGAUCGGCGCAUACCUGGUGCGACUCGGCCAGAGGACCAUCCAGGUCGAGAACUCGCACAUCAUCCUGACCGGAGCCGGAGCCCUCAACAAGGUGCUCGGUCGUGAGGUUUACACGUCUAAUAACCAGCUGGGAGGCGUGCAGAUCAUGCACAACAACGGCGUCACACACACCACCGUGUGCGACGACUUCGAGGGCGUUUACACACUGCUGCACUGGCUGUCCUACAUGCCCAAGAACACUUCGAGCCCCGUACCGCUCUUAGCAGCCAAGGACCCCAUCGACCGGCCGGUGGAGUUUAUACCCACCAAAGCACCAUAUGACCCUCGGUGGAUGCUGGCGGGACGAGCCAAUCAGAACCCUAAAGGCGCGUGGGUGAGUGGAUUCUUCGACCAAGGCUCGUUUAUAGAGAUGAUGCAGCCGUGGGCACAGAGUGUGGUGGUGGGCAGAGCCAGGUUGGGAGGGAUCCCGGUUGGCGUGGUCGCCGUGGAGACGAGAACGGUCGAGCUGUCCAUCCCAGCAGACCCGGCUAAUCUGGACUCUGAAGCCAAAAUCAUCCAGCAGGCUGGUCAGGUCUGGUUCCCUGACUCUGCGUUCAAGACGGCUCAGGCUAUUAAGGACCUGAACCGGGAGGGACUCCCUCUCAUGGUGUUCGCCAACUGGAGAGGCUUCUCUGGGGGCAUGAAAGACAUGUACGACCAGGUGCUGAAGUUCGGCGCGUACAUCGUGGACGGACUGAGGGAGUACAGGCAGCCGGUGCUCGUCUACAUCCCGCCCCAAGCCGAGCUCCGUGGGGGAUCAUGGGUAGUCAUCGACCCCACAAUCAACCCGCGGCACAUGGAGAUGUACGCAGACAAGGACAGCCGUGGAGGCGUGUUGGAGCCGGAGGGAACGGUGGAGAUCAAGUUUCGGAAGAAGGAUCUGGUUAAGACGAUGAGGCGUGUCGAUCCCGUAUACAUGGGUCUGGCAGAGAGACUUGGAACCCCGGAGUUGAACGUGACAGAACGUAAGGAGCUGGAGAGCAAACUGAAGGAGCGAGAGGAGUUCCUGCUGCCCAUUUACCACCAAGUAGCAGUGCAGUUCGCAGACCUGCACGACACGCCGGGACGCAUGCAGGAGAAAGGCGUCAUCACCGAUGUGCUGGAGUGGCGCACGUCCAGGCAGUUCUUUUACUGGCGCCUGCGGCGGCUCCUGUUGGAGGACACGGUGAAGAAGAAGAUCCAGCAGGCUAACUGCGAGCUGACCGACGGCCAGGCGCAGGCCAUGCUCCGGCGCUGGUUCGUCGAGGCUGAAGGAGCCGUAAAGGCAUAUUUAUGGGACAGUAACGAGGACGUGGUGGAGUGGCUGGAGAGGCAGCUGACAGAGGAGGAAGGAGCGCGGUCUCUCAUUGACGAGAACAUUAAGUACAUCCGCAGGGACCACAUUCUCAAACAGAUCCGCAGUCUGGUUCAGGCAAACCCUGAAGUGGCCAUGGACUCCAUCGUGCACAUGACGCAGCACAUCUCCCCCACACAGCGGACCGAGGUGGUGCGCAUCCUCUCCACCAUGGACGGCCCAAACUCGUCCUGAACACCACCGCGCUCGCGCACACACCGCAAGCCCGAGAGGAGCCGACACGUCGUCGCAAACGAAACGAUGGCUAUGACUCUGGACUGUAAAUGUCUCGUCCUUCACUCGUCUCAGUGGUAAAGCUUCAUGAUGAAGACCACUGUGUACAGCUCGGGAAGAACAAGUCGUAGAACUGCACGUUAAUCCUAGUGUGUAAAUUUAAUACGAACUAGAAACUAGACAAGCAGAGACCAAUGGCAUUCCCAAACAAACAAAAAAAUGUUACUGAUUCUAGUUAAAGAGAAAUGUGUCAUGUUAUUUAAAAAAACAAAUCUUUAUUUUUAUCUUUUAUGAUCCCUUAGGCUUGACUUCACUGUGUUUUUUUUUUUUUUUUUUUUAAAGGCUCUAAAAAAAUUUAAACAUGCAGCUGCUUCGGAAGCUACUUAGGUAGUCCCUUUCCACCAGGUAGAAAUGUAAAAUAAAUAAUAAAGCAUUAUAUACAGUAUGCAGCAAUACGGAGAAAGUUUGAAUCAUUACCUCAAAAUCGUGGCUUACCUCAAAAAUCGUACUCUGCAUCUCAAGCUCUUGACUUGCUGUUCAUAAAUCAUCACUAAUUACCUCAAAACCGUUUACUUCUUUCAGUAUUUUGACUCCUUAUCUCAAGAUCUUGAAUGCUUAUCUUUUUUUUUUUUAUUUAUUUGAUUUAAAAAAAAGAGAAAGAUCCCAAGAUCCUAAGUGAUUACCACUCAUUCUCUCAUUUCUUUUAAUCCUGUUUAUCGCAAGUCAAACUCAUCGUCUUAAGAGCUUAAUUCAUCUAAAUAUUUCCACUUGCUGUCGUAGAUGUUUGAUACAAUAAGGCUAUGAUGGUAAAGUGGAAAUAAUUUGGCAGAUUCUUAAACUAGAUUCUAGUCUUAAACUAAUAAAUGAAAUCAAAUAAGUUGGUGUCGUAUGUUUUAGAUCUUAAUUCAGAAAUUUGAGAUGAGCCCAAAAUUUGAGAUAAGUCAAGAAUUUGAGAAGCCAAAAAUGUAAGAGAUGUAUGGAAUUUAAAAUGUCGUAAAGAUUUCAAGUUAGUCAGGAAUCUGGGAAUAGUCCAAAAGUCAGGAAUUUUAGAUAAGUCAGGAAUUUUAAAUAGUAAUUGGGGAGUUUAAGUCAAAAAUUUGAGAUUAGUCCAAAAUUUGAAAAGUUAGGAAUUUAUAUAAAUCAGAAAUGUUCUAUAGCAAGUUGUGCAUUUGAGAUGAAAAUUUAAGAUCUCCUCAAAUUUCUAUUAAAAUUUUAGGCUAAGGAACUUGUAAGAAAGUUAAAAAUUGUUGAGCUAAUAAGUCAGAAAUUUGAGAUAAGUAGAGAAUUUUAGAUAAGUCCAGAAUUUGAGAUGUCUUGAAUUUGUAGUUUAUUUUUUUCUCCCCCAGAAUGUAUGAGCAGCCCAAACUGGUGGAUUUAAAAAAAAAAUAUUGCUAAAUAAUAUAAAGCCUAAACACUACACUCACAGCUUCUAAAAGCCAGUACAAUCAUAACCCCGCUUAUCUCCCAGCGCACCUUAACCCCUACCUUCAACCCCUUUACGUGUCUGUCAAAGAAUUAGUGUUGUACGCACAAUUUGGAGUUUAGCUUUUUUUUAUAUAUAUAUAUAAACAAAAAGACAUGCAUUAUGUAAUUUAUUAACUGAAAAUGUAGUUUGGGGGAAAACCUAUUUCUGUUUAGAAACUUUGCUGACGUGUGCUUGAAACUUUUUUUUUUUUUUGAGAAAGACUAAAAUAGUUAGAAAAAUACACUAUGAUUAAUAAAUUAAAGCAAGAGAAUUCCUAAUAAAAGGAUGGAUGGAGUCGGGACAGAAUCAUCAUAAGAUCAUUAACGGGACUUGAAAGUGUUUGGGUUUAUAUCAUGUCUCUGUGAAAGGUUGGUGUUUUUGCACAAACAUGGAUUAGAAAUGAAUGUGUAAUAACGUCUGUACAUUCGAAUGUUAUUGAUUAGAGUUACUGAUGAGAGGAGAGCGGCUGGAGGAUUGACCUAAAUAGAGGAGUGUGUGUUUACUGUGGCGAAAGUGAGAUCACUGAAUUUAACUUAAUAAAAUCAACUUCAUCUA